UGGACGGACACCUGUUUGUCAUGUUUCUGGAGUGAACUGGGAUUUGCUUUCCACUUGCCAGUAUUAGUGCGUCACUGGGUCCCAUACACCUCAAAGCAGAAACCUUGUAUAGCAGAUCCGCGUAAAUAAGAAAUAAUAAUAAAAACAAUUAAAGGGUCUCCAUGCUGCCCCCUUGCGGUGUGGCCCCAGAUCGCACUGUACCUCAUCUCAGAAAGUCCGACUUCGAAAUGCUAGUCUGCUAGGAUGUUUGCAACGAUAUGAAAAUACCACAAAGAAAAACGAUUGCAGUGGUCAGCACAAACUUUCCUUUCCAAGAUUAAUUCCAUGAAAUAGGCUACUUAAAUACUGCAAGUAGGUGCCAAGAUGGUGAGUUAGUCUUCCUGAAGACAGAUGUCUUCCUUUUAGGGUUAUUAAAGUGGCCGCCCUCAUUGACACACUUGGGAAUUUCCAUAAGAAGUCCAUAGAAUUUAGUGGCUUUCUGUGUCUUACUGCUGAGAAAGAUGAAGAGAGGCGUGUUAUCUUACACGCUAAUCUGUUGCAAAAUAUUUGUCCACUUUGUGCUUCGGAAUUAGAGGCACAGCUAACAUGAAAUGGUCAACAUGAAGUCCCUGGCAUUUCUCAUGCAUGUGUAACUCAGCAGUGAACUACGGGAAUCAUUUAUCUAGCAGGUCUAAGACCAUUACCCGUUAGUCAGAACAUAUGUUGGUUUCUGGCUCAACUCGCAAAAUUAGAAAAAGAAAGGAAUUUUUUUUUAAAAAUAGUUAUCUCAUGUUUAUCUGGUGGCUCUGGAGUAUCCCCCCCCACCAACACACUCACACACUCACACACACACAAACACUCACACACACAAAGAGGAAGUCGACAGUUUCGGGGGUGAAUUUAUUAUUAAGAUGUUAAUAAUAUUGCAUCUCUUUAAUUAGAGGUUCUUCAAAACUAAAUAGCUCUCAAUAUAGUAGGUCUUUUCCUCUAACAUAAAUGGGGAAAAGGCAAUUUACCGAAAUAGCUUUACAUACCAAAUGCAAUAUUCUGCAUAUACCUGCAUAUAUACCGACAUACUAAUGGCCAUAAAAAAACCUGAAUUAAAUGUAAUAACCAUGACUGGACGCUGUUCCUACGAGGAGUCACCAGACAUUUCUCCUGUCCUGCCAAAGCAACACUAGGGGGCGCUGGUUUAAAACUACGUGCUGCGCUACUGAUUGAAGCUAGACUGGGGCUGACUCCGUGGCUAUGCGGGUGGAUGCACCUCCGUUAGCGGGGAUCAAAGUGCAUCUAAAUUCGGUAAUUAAACGGAUGCAACGCCUGACCAUCGCUGGUAAUCCGCCUAGAAGCCCAUUGAAACGCUUGCAGCUAAGGACGGAAUAUAAUUGGCUGGCCUGAAUGUUUCUGAUGAUGUGAUUGGCGAGUAAUCCUCCGUGGGUGUGGCUUGUGUGGGAAGCGUCCGACACCGCGACGUCUGUGCGCCGUCGGACUGAAAAUAAACGGCCGCCGUCGUUUGUAACGGGAAGGUGAGUGCGCGGCGCGUUGUAAACAGCUCGUGCUUCACGAAUAGUUCACGAGCCACGGUGUGUGUCGCGCACCUUGCGGGGGAAGUUCAGCGCGGUUUCUGCGAGCCUCAGAUGAAGGACCUCAGCCAUUGCAGGAGGCGUUGACGGAAAUUCCCCCGAACACCGACAUGAAUCUGCGUGAUCUGCGCCAGCGUGCCAAGCGCAGCCCGCCCGACGGCCACCGUGCACCGGCAAUCAGGGUUCGUGCGUGAACCCUAACGGCUAAACGACCUUAGUCAGGCGUUUUCAAGAACGUAAGAGAGGCUCGCCGGAGUAUUGCGUCAUACACGUGAGCUCGCCAACACUUCCCGUGUCUCGUGGGUAUUGAGGCGUGUUUGUAUGCGUUUCGAUUGUGACGUCGUGGUCCGCGCAUCCCUUCGCCGUUACAGUGUUGCGCGCGGCGUUUAGACGGAGCGGGUCCGUGCGAUGACCUCCGUCAGGGCGGCGCUGGGUGAGUGUCCAGCUCUGGACGUCCUGCUGUGGCGGGGCGGCGUUGUUCCCGCUGUACCGAGUCCUCAAAGUCGCGUUUACUGUCGACACUGAAUUGUCCUGACCUGCUGCGACCGCUGAGCUUCACUUGACCUGUUGGGCUGUUGCGGAGCAGGCGCUGUAGGCGCGCGCCCACGCAGCGCCAGCGCCAUGUCCGCGGCCCUCCUCGCGCGCCUGAUCGCGCACGGCGGCUCGCGCGUCUGCCACAGGGUCGCGCGGAAGUCCGCGCGCGCGCCUCCGGAGGAGCCGUGGAGGUCCGUCCACAGCCCGUCGGGCGCUCGCCAUAGCAACUCCCGCUUCGACCCAGACAGCAGCGGCCGGCCCACCACGUGGGACUCCUUCGGCAUCUGGGACAACCGCAUUGACGAGCCCAUACUCCUUCCUCCGAGCAUCCGCUACGGCAAACCGAUCCCCAAAGUCAGCCUGUCCCGGGUGGGAUGCGUCUCGCACAUCGGCCAGCGCAAGGAGAACGAGGACCGCUACCAGCUGUCCCAGCUGACGGACAACAUCCUCUACUUCGCUGUUUAUGACGGGCACGGGGGAGCGGAGGCUGCCGACUUUUGCCACAAGUACAUGGAAGGGCAUAUCAAGGACCUCCUGACAGAGGGGGAAAACUUGGAACUAGUACUGACCAAAGCGUUUCUCAGCGUGGACAAAGCCUUAGCGAGACACCUUCACUUCGUUGCAGAUGCCUCAGUGCUGAGCUCAGGUACUACUGCCACAGUGGCCCUGCUGAGAGAUGGCAUCGAACUAGUGGUGGCCAGCGUGGGCGACAGCCGUGCCAUGCUCUGCCGGAAGAACAAAGCCCUUAAACUCACCGUGGACCACACGCCCGAGAGAAAGGAUGAGAAAGAGAGGAUUCGUAACAGUGGCGGCUUCGUGUCGUGGAACAGCCUGGGUCAGCCUCACGUCAACGGGCGCCUCGCCAUGACCCGCAGCAUCGGCGACUUUGACCUUAAAAACGCAGGGGUCAUCGCAGAACCAGAGACCAGGCGCAUUUCGCUGCAUCACGUUCACGACUCUUUCCUCGCCCUCACCACCGACGGCAUCAACUUCAUCAUGAACAGCCAAGAGAUCUGUGAUGUCAUCAACCAGUGCAACGACCCCAGAGAGGCCGCACAGCGCAUCUCUGAGCAGGCGUUGCAGUACGGCGCCGAGGACAACAGCACCGUGCUCGUGGUGCCAUUCGGAGCAUGGGGGAAACACAAGAGCUCCGACGUCAGCUUCUCCUUCAGUCGUAGCUUUGUGUCCAGCGGCCGCUGGGCAUGAGAGAGAGGGAGGGGGGAGGGAGAGGGAGAGAAUGACAGAGUGCUCGGACACAUCAGUGGCCAGGUGAGAGUUUUACUCCAGCUGGACCCCACCAACGUGCAAUAUUAUCCGUCCGGAGUAAAAAUAAAAGACCAUCCGCUCCACCCGUUCUUUUGGACCAGAGCCAAUAGCAGUGCAGUUUGAGUGAGUUAUACCGUACUGGGAUAUGUUAGUACUCUAUCCAGCCAGCCAGUCUGCACUGGCCUCGAAACACCUGCUUUCUGCGGAGACGUGUGUGUUGUCUGAGACCUGCACACCAGUCAGUAUUACUGCAGCUGUGUGGGAACCAGGUCAGCGCUCACACAAGCUUCCGUGUGCGUACGCAGCCAUGUUGUAGGACCUGCAGUAUGAAGGUUGCCUCAGUUUGACCUUGGUAGUUGAAGGUUUGUGUCCUGUGCAGGGAGUAGACGUGUACACUCCUUCCAAGCACACUUUACACGUCAUGGUGAGGCAGAUGAAAUGGAAUGUUUCCUUUGUGGUGGUGGUUUGCCGACUCCUUGGACGCCUCUUACUUGUGCGGCUUAAAGGACGUCUGCGCAUUCUCAAGAUGUCCCAGAUAAAAUUGUCUCCUUUGUCCAAAGGACUUGGACUCCACCUCUGUGCAGCAGCGGCAGUAGGAGGUUGUGGCGUUCACACGCACGCACGACGGAGUGGAACGGCCCUACACCACAUGUGUGGGGUUGUUUUUACACUGGUGUCUCUUACGUGGUGCAGUGGUGAACUAGUCCGUGCUGCUUUGCACAUAGUGUGAGUCAUCGUGCUUGAGCCAGGCAGAAAAACCAGAAGAAGGUCAGGAGAAUCGCAUUGUCGCACAGCCAGCCAGCCGAGCCGUGUUGUGUUCUGCCGUCCGUGAGGCUGAGAUUGGACAGGGGGAGCCGACGAAGACUGGCUUGUCAAAUGCAUCACAGCAUCCAGAUCUUCCUAACAGGACCAAGCGAAGCUCUCUGUGCAAAUCUCUCAUGCCAUCGUGAGGACCAUGGUGGGAAAAACCCACUCACUUUUUGUUUGCUGUUUGUUUGUUUGUUUGUUUUCUGGACCAGUUACAUCUAGUAAGCUGAACUGUUCAUCUAGUGCCUUUUUCUUCUUUGUCUACGUUAGUAACAUAAGCACAGAAUGAUGGUUCAGACACUACUGGCCUCUUCUAGAGUCUAAAAGGAGUGAGUGUGUUAGUUUCUAGGACACUGAUGCUCCUUUGGACUUUUUUGGGCAUGUAUGCAAUGAUUCCCCCCAAGUGCAUUUGCUAGAGGUUCUGUAUUGUAUGUUUUGUGUGCGUGUGUGUGUGUGUGUGUGUGUAUGUGUGUGUGUGUAUAUAUACAUAUGCAUGCAUGCAUG